GUGCUGAGAAGAGCGCGCGGGGAACUUAGAGGAUAUAAUGGACUCGUAGACUUUGAGAAACGCGUUCAGGACAUCUGGGAAAUAAAGUAUCAAGUAAGACGCUGGAUAAAUUCUGAUAUUUUUGAAUCAUGCAACACUACGGAGUGAACGGAUACUCUCUGCACGCUAUGAACUCACUGAGCGCCAUGUACAACCUGCAUCAACAGGCGGCGCAACAAGCUCAGCACGCGCCUGAUUAUCGUCCGUCGGUUCACGCGCUCACCCUCGCCGAGAGACUGGCUGAUAUCAUACUCGAGGCUCGCUACGGUUCUCAACAUCGCAAACAGCGUCGCAGUCGCACCGCUUUCACGGCCCAGCAACUGGAGGCUUUAGAGAAGACUUUUCAGAAAACUCACUAUCCUGACGUCGUGAUGCGGGAGCGCCUGGCCAUGUGCACCAACUUACCUGAGGCACGCGUGCAGGUGUGGUUCAAGAACCGCCGUGCAAAGUUUCGCAAGAAGCAGCGAAGCCUCCAAAAAGAACAACUGCAGAAGCAGAAAGAUCCAUCAACCGAUGGAGCCGUGGCAGCAAGCGAUAAGGACAAACCCCCUUCCGCCAUUAAUCUCGAGAACCAGCCACCGUCGUCCUCAUCCUCUUCCUCCUCCAUGGAAGCCGAGGCGGCUCCCCACGCACUGGGAUCUGAACUUUCUGUUGAGCUAAAUGUGACAUCGGCAGAGCAGUCAGGCAGCGAGUCUGCCACAGAAGACAACGCAACGGACAAGGAAGAAGAGAUAAAGCAGCACAGGGAGGAUCUGAAGGUUGAGAAAGAACCAACACCUGGAAACCUCUCACCUCUUUGCAAACGUCUCAGCCCUAAACCAGACUCUCCUCUUGGUUCCCCAGCCAUCACUUCCUCCUCUGGUGGCGUCACCGGCGGGAUCUCACAGAGUCAUUCCUACUCCUCGUCUCCGCUCAGCCUCUUCCGGUUACAGGAGCAGUUCCGCCAGCAUAUGGCCGCCACCAACAACAUGGUUCACUAUCCCUCUUUUGACAUGGCGACUCCCUCGUCUAUACCAUACCUGGGCAUGAAUGUCAACAUGCCAGCACCCCUGGGUUCCCUGCCCUGCCAGUCCUAUUAUCAGUCUCUUUCUCACCACGCGCAACAGGUUUGGAACAGCCCCCUCCUGCAGGCCUCUGGAGGCCUCCCCAGUCACAACAGCAAGACCACAAGCAUUGAGAAUCUACGCCUGCGGGCAAAGCAGCAUGCAGCAUCGCUGGGCCUGGACACAAUGCCCAACUGAGCAGAAGACUAAAAACUACCUGAGCAAGGGAACAUCACUCGACCACUUCUAACACGCCAUCUGGACUUGUCAAUUUAGGGGCAAUCGUCUAAAAUGUACAGGAAACUUUGUUUUAAAAAAAAAAAGUAAAAAGGUGAGGUGCCCAAAGCAUUGUCUUGAGGUUCUCCAGUCUACUAAAUUUGUCUUGUUGUAGGACAAACUAAUCAAAUCUUUUGACUUGGAAUCUUGGUUUUGAGGCUAAUGGCUUAAAAGGGCAGUGAAAUUAUGAAAACCUCCCAGUCUCUCAAAACUGUUGCUGCGGUAUUAAGUCCUCACGACAAUAUCACAUGUAUCCGCUUUGCUUAAAAACAAACAGGCCCUGAUUUAGAUGUUGUGUUAUUUAUAUAUUUUGGAUGGGCAUAGAUGUUUGAUAUAAGCACUUUUUGGAGAGGAUCUCAGCCCACUGCGUGCACUGAGACAGGCUGUACACCAGAAUCUGUUAAGAAAUGUCUUAAUUUAAUUACUGUGGUUCGCAAAUUACACAUUACACAAUUUACCUUGUACAUGUAAAUCUUGCUCAGCUAAAUAGAUUAAUUAAACCUAACCUGUUUAAUGGUCAGGAUUAAACCAAGGUAAAUUGAGAAUGGUUGGGUAAUGAGAUUUCAUUGGCUACAUAUGCAAAGCUUUUAAUUACAUGUAGCCUUGGGCAGAGGAAGAAAUGCAAUUAUAGAUCAUGCAUAUCAUUUGAGAUUGCCAUAUUAAUGCUCUGAGGGAAAAUACUUUCAACCGACAGAAAACUACCUGCUUAAGUGCAUCUGAAUGUUGCAACAAGAAAAUGUCUUUGUUGCUACCAAUACAAACAGGAAGUUCUCCUGUGGAAAUCAAAGCACUUUUAUAUACAGCAGCUUUUUUCCUCUCUGCUCAUUCUUUCCUUCUCAUUGUGUUUGUAAACUAUUUUAAUAUGUAAAAUACACAAAGUCUUUAUCUAUAAAUGUUUACUGGUAAGGCAAAUGUAAAAGUUCUGUUUUAGAGUGAGAAGAAUUUAACCCUGUGAUGAUUCUGGUAGCUGUCCUUUGUAAGAUCGUACUGGGUGGGCCGUAGCCUGCCGGCGUCCUCCCCAGAUUAUUUAACCUAUACAGUCUGGUUGUCUAUGUAACUCUUUCAUUGUCACUGUGGACAUAAAUUUACAGUCACGACAUCAAACAAAAUGGUGAAUUUGUAGCCUAUAUCGGUGGAGAGUGUUCCAGAAGUAUGCACAUCUUUCCCUUUGUCAACUGUAAAUUUAAAAGCUUGUAAAAUAAAACUUAAAUAAAACAUUGCUUGAACAUCUUUAUUAUUAUUCACUCAAUGAGCACUUUAUUAGGAACAUUAUGGUCCUAAUAAAGUGCCUGAUGUGGUCUUCUGCUGUUGUAGCCCAUCUGCCUCAAGGUUCGAUGUGUUGUGCAUUCUGAGAUACUAUUCUACUAUUCCACUACAAUUGUACAGAGUGGUUAUCUGAGUUACCAUAGCCUUGCUGUCAGCUCGAACCAGUCUGGCCAUUCUCUGUUGACCUCUCUCAUCAACAAGGCGUUUCUGUCCGCAGAACUGAUGCUCACUGGAUGUUUUUUUGUUUUGUUUUUGGCACCAUUCUGAGUAAACUCUAGAGACUGUUGUGCAUGAAAAUCCCAGCAGAUCAGCAGUUUCAGAAAUACUCAAACCAGCCCAUCUGGCACCAACAAUCAUGCCACGAUCGAAAUCACAGGACUUUUUCCCGCAUUCUGAUGGUUGAUGUGAACAUUAACUGAAGCUCCUGACCUGUAUAUGCAUGAUUUUAUGCACUGCACUGCUGCCACAUGAUUGGCUGAUUAGAUAAUUGCAUGAAUAAGUAGUUUUACAGGUUUUCCUAAUAAAGUUCAA